AUGUUUCCUCUAACGCAACCGCCACGUUCUCUCCAAGUGUCGUUGCAGCGAGUAGUAGUCUCAGGCUUAGAAAGAAGCACACGCUCGCGCGUCGCGAAAGUAUCCCCAGCCUUCCGCCUCCGCCGUCAACCUCUCGGCCAAUGUAGACACCCCGACUUAUUUUCCAGUCGUAGCGCCUCGCCCACCGUCAACUACGCUUCCUCUUACCGUCGCCCACGCUUCCUCUUACCGUCCCCCACGCUUCCUCCCACCAUAACCCACGCUUCCUCCCCGUCACCCACGCUUCCCCCCGCCGUCGCCAACGCUUUUCCCCACCGUCGCCAACGCUUUUCCCCACCGUCGCCAACUCUAUUCCCCACCGUCGCCAACUCUUUUCCCCACCGUCGCCAACGCUUCUCCCCACCGUCGCCCACGCUUCCCCCCACCGUCGCCCACGCUUCCCCCCACCGUCGCCCACGCUUCCCCCCACCGUCGCCCACGUUUCCCCCCACCAUCGCCCACGUUUCCCCCCACCGUCGCCCACGUUUCCCCCCACCGUCGCCCACGUUUCCCCCCACCGUCGCCCACGCUUCCCCCCACCGUCGCCCACGCUUCCCCCCACCGUCGCCCACGCUUCCCCCCACCGUCGCCCACGCUUCCCCUGCCAUCGCCCUCCGUGUCGCUCGGGAAUCCCCCCUCCCGCCGGCCUCCCUCCCCUCCCGCGAAAAACCCCCCCGUCCUCUCAUUACCCCGGCCUCUCAUCCCCGUGUCCCCUGUCCUCUCAUCCCCUCGUCCUCUCAUCCCCCCGUCCUCUCAUCCCCCUGUUCCCUGUCCUCUCGUCUCCCCAUUCUCUCAUCCCCCCGUCCCCUGUCCUCUCGUCCGCCUGUCCUAUCAUCCCCCCCUCCUCUCAUCCCCCCCUCCUCUCAUCCCCCUCUCCUCUCAUCCCUCCGUCCUCUCAUCCCCCUGUCCUCUCAUCCCCCCGUCCUCUCACCCCUCUGUCCUCUCACCCCCCUGUCCCCUCAUCCCCCUGUCCUCUCAUCCCCCUGUCCUCAUUCUCACCCCCCCGUCCUCUCAUCCCCCUGUUCCCUGUCCUCUCCUCCCCCCAACCUCUCAUCCCCCCGUCCCCUGUCCUCUCGUCCGCCUGUCCUCUCAUCCCCCCGUCCUCUCAUCCCUCUGUCCUCUCGUCCCCCCAUCCUCUCAUCCCCUCGUCCUCUCAUCCGCCUGUCCUCUCAUCCCCCCGUCCUCUCAUCCCCCCGUCCCCCUGACCUCUCGUCCCCCUGUCCUCUCGUCCUCUUGUCCUCACAUGCCUCUGUCCUUUCAUCCUCCCGUCCUCUCAGUUCAUAUUCUCUCUGUCCCCCUUCUCUAUGUUUCCCUUCUCCUUAUCGCCUUUCUCCCUGUCCCUCGUCUUUCUCACCCCCUUCCUCGUAUACCUAUCCCCUACUACCACCAUUGCCUUCCCUGCCCUUCCUCACCCUCCCUCCUAUUUCCCCCCAUCCUCUGCCUCCCUUUCCCUCACCAUCUCCCCAUGUGUGGCAACUGUCAGCAAGCUCAUCAUCGCCACCACACCUCUCUCAACAGAGGACAAUGCACUGA